AGUGCGCGGCGGGCGGCGGCGGCGGCCGGGGAGGCCGGGGAGGCCCGGGAGGCCGCGGCGCGCUCAGUCGAGCCGUGCCGAGCCGAGCCGCGCCGAUCGUCAUCGGCCCCGGCUCUCGCGGGCGGUCCCGGCCGGCGGCGCGGCCUGGCGGGCCGGGCGGCGCUGCAGCCCAUGGAGCUCGAGAACAUCGUAGCGAACACGGUGCUACUCAAGGCCCGGGAAGGCGGUGGUGGGAAUCGAAAAGGCAAAAGCAAGAAAUGGCGCCAGAUGCUGCAGUUCCCCCAUAUCAGCCAGUGUGAAGAGCUACGGCUCAGCCUUGAACGUGACUACCACAGCCUGUGUGAGCGUCAGCCCAUUGGGCGUCUGUUAUUUCGGGAGUUCUGCGCCACGAGGCCUGAGCUGACCCGCUGUACUGCUUUCCUGGAUGGGGUGGCUGAGUAUGAAGUGACCCCUGAUGAGAAACGGAAGGCCUGUGGGCGGCGGCUAAUGCAGAAUUUUCUGAGCCACACGGGUCCUGACCUCAUCCCUGAAGUUCCCCGACAGCUGGUGAGUAACUGUGCCCAGCGGCUUGAGCAAGGACCCUGCAAAGACCUCUUCCAGGAGCUGACCCGGCUGACCCAUGAGUACCUAAGCAUGGCGCCUUUUGCUGACUACCUCGAUAGCAUCUACUUCAACCGUUUUCUGCAGUGGAAGUGGCUGGAAAGGCAGCCAGUGACCAAAAACACCUUUAGGCAGUACCGAGUCCUGGGCAAAGGUGGCUUUGGGGAGGUAUGUGCCUGCCAGGUGCGGGCAACGGGCAAGAUGUAUGCAUGCAAGAAACUGGAAAAGAAACGAGUCAAGAAGCGGAAAGGGGAGGCUAUGGCGCUCAACGAGAAGCAGAUCCUGGAAAAAGUGAACAGUAGGUUUGUAGUGAACUUAGCCUAUGCCUAUGAGACGAAGGAUGCCCUGUGCCUGGUGCUGACGUUGAUGAAUGGAGGCGACCUCAAGUUCCACAUCUACCACAUGGGCCAGGCCGGCUUCCCUGAAGCACGCGCCGUCUUCUAUGCCGCCGAGAUCUGCUGUGGCCUGGAGGACUUGCACCGGGAACGCAUUGUAUACAGGGACCUAAAGCCAGAGAAUAUCCUGCUGGAUGACCAUGGCCACAUUCGUAUCUCUGACUUGGGACUGGCUGUGCAUGUGCCUGAGGGCCAGACCAUCAAAGGCCGUGUGGGCACUGUGGGCUACAUGGCUCCGGAGGUGGUGAAAAAUGAGCGGUACACGUUCAGCCCUGACUGGUGGGCCCUGGGCUGCCUCCUGUAUGAGAUGAUUGCAGGCCAGUCACCCUUCCAGCAGAGGAAGAAGAAGGUCAAGCGGGAAGAAGUAGAGAGGCUGGUCAAGGAGGUGCCGGAGGAGUACUCGGACCAUUUCUCCCCACAAGCGCGUUCACUCUGCUCUCAGCUUCUCAGCAAGGACCCUGCUGAGCGCCUGGGGUGCCGUGGAGGCGGUGCCCGGGAGGUAAAGGAGCACCCCCUUUUCAAGAAACUGAAUUUCAAGCGGCUGGGAGCUGGAAUGCUGGAACCCCCUUUUAAGCCUGAUCCCCAGGCUAUUUACUGCAAGGAUGUUCUGGACAUCGAGCAGUUCUCUACGGUUAAAGGUGUGGAUCUGGAGCCCACUGAUCAAGACUUCUACCACAAGUUUGCCACGGGUAGUGUGUCCAUCCCCUGGCAAAACGAGAUGGUGGAGACUGAGUGCUUCCAGGAACUAAAUGUCUUUGGGCUGGAUGGAUCUGUUCCCCCAGACCUGGACUGGAAGGGCCAGCCACCCGCACCCCCCAAGAAGGGAUUGUUGCAGAGGCUCUUUAGUCGCCAAAGGUGAGCAGUGUGGGCUCCUCAUGGGGGGGCCUUGAUGCCUGACCGUGGGGAGCCCCAGGGAGUCCUUCCAUGACAGAAGCGAGAUGUAGGAGAAAGAAGUCUGGUGUCCACCUCCCCGCUCCCUCCCUGUGCUUGCUUCCCUGCUCCCUGACCCCUUCGAGCUGCUAACCCCACUUAGCAUCCGCCUCCCUGUGCCUGAGUCUGUCCAGGGGAUGGACAAAGGCCUGCUCGCCAGACCCUGGGAGCUUCCUAGUCUUACCUCGGUCUGUCGCUGAAGAGCUGAACCCUGACUGUUUGACCUGAGCUGCUACUCUAAAACUUGUGGGGCCCCACAGCCCCUUUCUGGGCAUGACACUGGCCUUGGUCGGCCUUCAUGGUGACUAAUGGCACCUGCUGUGCCUCUCUCCCUUCAUGUCUUCCCUGUCCUCCAGGAUUGCUGUGGAAACUGUAGCGACAGUGAGGAAGAGCUCCCCACCCGCCUCUAGUCCCCAGGCAGAGGCCCCCACCGGUGGUUGGCGGUAGCAGCCACUCUCAGUGACGUUUACAGUUUUGCACAGCGGUGUUCCCCAUUGUCCACGCAAGUGGUGGCCUGGGGAACACAGCCGGAACUGUCCCCAGUGUCCUCCGCCCCUCAACCCCUGGCCCAGCUGAGUUUGACGAGGUCUGGGCCAUCUUGGGACAAAGGUGCGCCCCUUCAGCUCUUCUCUGUGGAGCUCGGGGCUUCGUGUAUUUAUGUAUUUGUAUGAAUGUAUAUAGCUACCAGAGUGUUCUUAAUUCCACCCCGGACCUGGGAGAGCCAGGAGCUGGCAGGGGAGAGCCAGUGCCACACUCUAGGCUUCUUGGUCCGAGUCCAGAUGAGCAGAAUAUGGGCCAGAUCGGUUCUCUGACCCCAGCACUGCACUGGCCGCCACCAACCGCCAAGUGAGACCUGAGCUGCCUCCCUUCGUGGACUUAGGCCACCACCUUCUGCUUGCCCAGUGCUGUCACUUUUUCUCAGCAUUUGUCAGAGCCGGAAAUGGGGGCUUUGUGUCCUCUAGGCCUGGACCAUAGUAUAACCACAGGCUGAACUGACUGGGACCCAUCAGACCACAAGACGGGCCACCUGCCUUCCAGGUCCCAGAACACAUUAUUCCUUAUUCUGGGUCAUGUCCUGAGAUUCUCAGAAGUGCCCCAGCGCAGGCCAUAGGAGGGGUUAGAAUACCCCUCCAACAUUCCAGAAACCCUCAUAAAAGUAGACAUGUGCCCAGCAAUAAUCCCUUCCUUGUGUGUCUGGUGGGGAUGGGAGGCGGAGUGUGUCAGUGUGUGAGGAGGACAGGGUAAGGCUAUGCCUAAGCCAAGACCCUGGCCCUGGCCUAUCCCAGACUGUGAUGGCUGCCCUGAUGCUGGUGUUACGACAACGUGGGACCAUAAGGCCCUGGCUUUUCCAUAUUUAAAGCCAAUGUAAGCUGCCACGUGUCUGUGUGACCAAUGUGAGCUGCCACGUGUCUGAUGUGAAUACAGUCUGAGCACAAGCCUGGCCAGCCACCCUGCUUGCCUCUUUUUUUAAAAUC